AUGAUAUCUACACCUAAUAGUAUUGAAUCCAAAAUUUAUGAAAUAUAAAAUAACACACUUACACCUAAAUCAGAACAUGAGGAAUUCAAAUAAAUGUUAAUAAAAUUAUGGAUUUAGAUCUCGAAAUCUUUUAAUGAAGACUUUGAAGAAAUUUUAUAACUUGGUAUCAAUUCAGAUAUCUAAGAUGUUGUGAAUGCUAUACUAAUUAUUGAGGAGGCAAGAUUAGAUUAAAUAAAAGUAUAAAAUUAUUUUAUAUUUUUAAGAGCGAUAGAUAUUAGAUUUAGCUUCUUAAAGAUGAAAUCUAAUCUCUUAAAGAAUAAAGAAAUAUUAAUUCUGGAAAUGAUGAAUUAUAAGAGGUUUAACAAUAGUAUAGGGAAUUAAGUGAGUUAGUCAUUCAAUUAAAGUAAUCAAAUGAAUAAAAAGAUCAUUAAAUAAUGGAAUAAACUAAUUUAAACUAAUAACUAUAAAUUGAACUUAAUCUAUUGACAUCUUAAAUUAAUAAUUUAUCUUCAGCUUUGGUUGAGUCUAAAGAAGAAAAAAUAUUAUACAUGGAAUAAUCAUAGAAAUAAAUUAAAUAAUUGAUGGAAAAAGAUCUAUAAUAAAAUAAAAUGAUUUAAAUUCUUUAGAUAUAAAAAAUAGAAUUGGAAAACAUGAUUAAAAAAACUAGUCAAAGAAAUUUAAUUGAAUCUUCAAAUCAUUAAAUUUCACAAACUUAGAGAGAAGAAGAUCAAGCCAGAAUACUAAGUUGUUCACCAAGUACGAUUUCACAAUAUUUUAAGGAACAACUCAUAUUGAUUUUUCAAAAAUUGUCUUAUAAAGUCUCCAAAACAAAAAAACUGAAAUGGUUUCAGGAUAAUCGCUUACCUAAAUUCCUUAUAGAUUUGGAAAAUGA